UUCACUUCAAGAUGAUUAUUCUCCUCCAUUUUCUCAUUUUAUUCGCAAUAAAUUCUCACGUGAAGAGUUAUGGAAAAUCUCGAAUAAUGUGGCACGAUUCAGUAUCAUGUGGAUCCACUCCCCCCGACAGAAAGGAAGUUGAUAAAAAAAAAGUUAGAAGUGAGCCCGCAAAGGGCUACAAUUGUGGAGUCCUCGGGAUCGGAGUUGUCCAGAAAAUCCCCUACAACGAAAGUCAUGAUCGGAUACCCGUUGAUUUCUCAUCGGCUUGUGUGAGAUGCGGCUUGUGCAUCGCUAUCGCUGAUAAGAUUAAUAAAACUCUGAUGGCACCGAGCAAUGGAUUAUCAUGUGAUCGAUACUUCGAUAGUGCAGAAGCUGAGGGCAGGUUGAGGACAUUUUGUGGAGAUUCAUUCUCAGGGUACAAACUGAGAGAAAUUCGAGGGAAAAGAUUCAUUGGAGACGAUGUUCCGGGUUCAGUCGUCGUCAAAUCCACGGGAGAAGGCCUGUGGACCCAAAAAUUGAAAGACAAGUGCGAGGAGAUUAUCAGUUCAAUCGAUGAAGAAUAUUUAUUGAAAUAUCUGAGAGCCCGGUGUAACGUUCGUGAUGGCGAUUUGAGGGAUAUUUUGUGCCAGGGGAGGAUGGGAGCAUCGAGAGACUGUCGAGGAAUAUUUGUCCCUUGAUACCAACGAC